CGGGACGGCUCAAGAUGGCCGGCGGCCCGGGUCCCGUUUCCGCCCGCGGCCCCGCGCCCCAUUCAUCGGCCGGCCGCUGAGCGGGCGCGUCGACGACGAGCAGGGCCGCCAUGGCCACGCUGGAGAAGCUCAUGAAGGCCUUCGAGUCCCUGCGCUCCUUCCAGCAGCCGCCGCCGCCGCCGCACACGACGCCGCCGCCGCAGCCGCCGGGCCCCGCGGACGAGCCGCCGCCGCGACCAAAGAAGGACCUCGCGGCCUCCAAGAAGGAGCGCGUCAACCACUGCCUGACAAUAUGUGAGAACAUCGUGGCGCAGUCUCUCAGAAACUCUCCGGAAUUUCAGAAACUCCUGGGCAUCGCCAUGGAGCUCUUCCUGCUGUGCAGUGACGACGCGGAGUCGGACGUCAGGAUGGUGGCUGACGAGUGUCUCAACAAAGUCAUCAAGGCUUUGAUGGACUCCAACCUCCCGAGACUGCAGCUGGAGCUCUACAAGGAGAUCAAGAAGAACGGCGCGUCCCGGAGCCUGCGCGCUGCCCUGUGGAGGUUUGCCGAGCUCGCUCACCUGGUCCGGCCUCAGAAGUGCAGGCCUUAUCUGGUGAAUCUCCUGCCUUGCCUCACGCGGACGAGCAAGAGGCCCGAGGAGUCUGUCCAGGAGACCUUGGCUGCAGCUGUCCCCAAGAUCAUGGCUUCUUUCGGCAACUUUGCAAAUGACAAUGAAAUCAAGGCCCUGCUGAAGGCCUUCGUCGCCAACCUGAAGUCCGGUUCCCCCACCAUCCGGCGGACGGCGGCCAGCUCGGCCGUGAGCAUCUGCCAGCACUCGAGAAGGACGCAGUACUUCUACAGCUGGCUGCUGGGCGCGCUGCUUGGUCUGCUCAGCCCUGCCGAGGAGGUUCACUCCACGCUCCUGACUCUCGGGGUGCUGCUCACGCUGAGGUACUUGGUACCCCUGCUGCAGCAGCAAGUCAAGGACACCAGCCUGAAGGGCAGCUUCGGGGUGACCCGGAAGGAGAUGGAGGUCUCCCCCUCCACAGAGCAGCUUGUGCAGGUCUACGAGCUGAGUCUGCGCCACACGCAGCACCAGGACCACAACGUGGUGACCGGGGCGCUCGAGCUCCUGCAGCAGCUGCUGCGCACGCCCCCGCCCGAGCUGCUCCUCGCCCUGACCUCGGCCGGCGGCAUCGGGCGGCUGGGGGCUGCCAGGGACGCACCGGGCUUCCGGCCCCGCAGCGGCAGCAUCACGGAGCUCCUCGCUGCUGAGGGUUCUUCAUGCAGCCCUGUCCUCUCAAGAAAACAAAAAGGGAAAGUGCUCUUCGGAGAGACCUUGGAGGACGACUCGGAGUCUCAGUCAGAGGACAGCAGCCCGGCCUUCACAGCUUCGGUCAAGGGCGAGCUGGGCGGCGAGCCGGCCGCCUCCUCUGGCCUCUCCACGCCAGGCUCCACCAGCUCCACCGCAGACCCCGCAGGCCACGACAUCAUCACAGAGCAGCCGCGCUCCCAGCACAGCCUGCAGCCGGACGCCGACGGGGACGGGGACGACGGGGACGGGGACGGGGACGGGGACGAGGACGUCCUGAGCCGCAGCUCCAGCCAGGUCAGCGCCGUGCCCUCCGACGCGGCCACGGACCUGAACGACGGCACGCAGGCCUCCUCGCCGCUGAGUGACAGCUCGCAGACCACCACCGAGGGGCCCGACUCGGCCGUGACCCCGUCGGACAGCUCUGAGAUCGUGUUAGACGGCGUGGACGGCCAGUACUCGGGGCUGGGGCAGCUGCAGGAUGAGGACGACGCGGAAACCGCGGGCGUCCUGCCGGACGAGGCCGAGGCCGAGGCAGCUUUUGGGAGCUCCUCUGUGGCCCUCCAGCAGGCGCGUGUGCAGACGGCCGGGGGCCACAGCCGGCAGGCCUCCGACGGCAGCGCGGACAAGUUUGUCUCCAGAGACGACGCUGGCGAGCCGGGGGACCCCGAGAACAGGCCCUGCCGCAUCAAAGGUGACAUCGGCCAGCCCACUGACAGCGACUCGGCGCCUCUCCUGCACUGCGUCCGCCUGCUGUCCGCCUCCUUUCUGCUGACUGGGGAGAAGAGCGCGCUGGUUCCAGACAGGGACGUGCGGGUCAGCGUGAAGGCGCUGGCGCUCAGCUGUGUCGGCGCGGCGGUGGCCCUGUACCCCGAGGCGUUCUUCAGCAAGCUCUACAGAGAACCCCUGGAUGCCGCCGAGCCCGCCGACGAGCAGUACGUGUCGGACGUCCUGAACUACAUCGACCACGGGGACCCGCAGGUCAGAGGCGCCACGGCCAUCCUGUGCGGGACCCUCUUGCACUCCACCCUCAGCAGGUCCCGCUUCCACGUGGGGGACUGGAUGGGCUCCGUCCGCGCCCUGACAGGAAACAGCUUUUCUCUGGCCGACUGCGUCCCCCUGCUGCAGCAGACCCUCAGGGAUGAGUCUUCGGUCACCUGUAAGCUGGCCUGCAUGGCCGUGAGGCUCUGCGUCCCGAGCCUGUGCAGCAGCAGCUACAGCGAGCUGGGCCUCCGGCUCGUCACCGACCUGCUCGGCCUGCGGCACAGCUCCUACUGGCUGGUGAGGACCGAGCUGCUGGAGACGCUGGCGGAGGUCGACUUCAGACUGGUGUGCUUUCUGGAGUCCAGAGCAGAAUCCUUGCAUAGAGGGACCCAUCGUUAUACCGGGCUUUUGAAACUACAAGAACGGGUCCUGAAUAACGUGGUCAUCUACCUGCUUGGGGAUGAGGACCCCAGGGUCCGGCACGUGGCGGCAGCGUCCCUGACAAGGCUUGUCCCAAAGCUGUUUUAUCAGUGUGACCAAGGGCAGGCUGACCCCGUGGUGGCCAUGGCCAGAGAUCAGAGCAGCGUCCACCUGAAGCUUCUCAUGCACGAGACACCGCCGCCCUCCCACGUCUCCGUCAGCACCAUCACCAGAGUCUACAGGGGCUACAGCCUGCUGCCUAGCAUGACGGACGUCACCGUGGAAAACAACCUCUCCAGAGUCAUCGCUGCCGUCUCGCACGAGCUCGUCACCUCCACCACCCGCGCGCUGACGUUCGGCUGCUGUGAAGCUCUGUGCCUCCUGUCAACCGCCUUCCCGGUGUGCGUCUGGAGUCUAGGUUGGCACUGCGGAGCCCCGCCCCUGGGCACCUCUGCCGAGUCCAGGCACAGCUGCACCGUAGGGAUGGCCGCCGCCAUCCUCUCCCUGCUCUCGUCCGCGUGGUUCCCGCUGGACCUCUCGGCCCACCAGGACGCACUCAUUUUAGCCGGGAACCUGCUGGCAGCCAGCGCCCCCCGGUCUCUGCAAAGCCCCUGGAGCGCGGACGACGAGGCGGGCCCGGCCGCGGGUAAGCAGGAGGAGGCGUGGCCGGCGCUGGGGGACCGCAGCCUGGCGCCCAUGGUGGAGCAGCUCUUCUCACACCUGCUCAAGGUCAUCAACAUCUGUGCGCACGUGCUGGACGACGUGGCACCCGGGCCGGCCACCAAGGCAGCCUUGCCGUCUCUGACAAACCCCCCCUCGCUGAGCCCGAUCCGACGGAAGGGGAAGGAGAAGGAGCCAGGGGAGCAGCCGGCCGUGCCGCCGAGUCCCAAGAAGGGCGGCGAAGCCAGUCCGGCCUCCCGGCAGCCUGACGCCUCGGGGCCGGCCGCAGCCAACAAGUCCUCCGCGCUGGGGAGUUUCUGCCACCUCCCCGCCUACCUCAAGCUGCACGACGUGCUCAAGGCCACCCACGCCAACUACAAGGUCACCCUGGACCUUCAGAACAGCUCAGAGAAGUUUGGGGGCUUUCUGCGCUCUGCCCUGGAUGUGCUCUCGCAGCUCCUGGAGCUGGCCACCCUGCAGGACAUCGGGAAGUGCGUGGAGGAGAUCCUCGGUUACCUGAAGACCUGCUUCCAGCGGGAGCCCACGAUGGCCACUGUGUGUGUCCAGCAGCUGCUGAAGACUCUCUUUGGGACAAACCUGGCCUCCCAGUCCCACAGCUUCUCGGCCAAGCCCAGCAAGUGUCAGGGCCGGGCCCAGCGCCUCGGCUCGUCGAGUGUGAGGCCGGGCCUGUACCACUGCUGCUUCAUGGCUCCCUACACCCACUUCACGCAGGCGCUGGCCGACGCCAGCCUGAGGAACAUGGUGCAGGCCGAGCAGGACCAGGACCCCUCUGGGUGGUUCGACGUGCUCCAGAGGGUGUCCGCCCAGCUGAAGCCAAACCUCACCAGCGCCACCAAGAACCGUGCGGACAAGAAUGCUAUCCACAGCCACAUCCGCUUGUUUGAGCCCCUGGUCAUCAAGGCCUUGAAGCAGUACACCACCACCACGUCGGUGCGGCUGCAGAAGCAGGUCUUGGAUCUGCUGGCCCAGCUGGUGCAGCUGCGGGUCAACUACUGUCUCCUGGACUCCGACCAGGUGUUCAUCGGCUUUGUGCUGAAGCAGUUCGAGUACAUUGAAGUGGGCCAGCUCAGGGAGUCGGAGGCCAUUAUCCCGAACAUCUUUUUCUUCCUGGUGCUGCUUUCGUACGAGCGCUACCACUCGAAGCAGAUCAUCGGCAUCCCCAAGAUCAUUCAGCUGUGUGACGGCAUCAUGGCCAGCGGGCGCAAGGCCGUGACCCACGCCAUCCCGGCCCUGCGGCCCGUCGUGCACGACCUCUUCGUCCUGAGGGGGGCCAACAAGGCUGACGCCGGGAAGGAGCUGGAGACCCAGAAGGAGGUGGUGGUGUCCAUGCUGCUGCGGCUCAUCCGGCACCACCAGGUGGUGGAGAUGCUCGUCCUGGUGCUGCGGCGGCGCCACAGAGAGAGCGAGGACGGGUGGAAGCGGCUGUCGCGGCAGGUCGCCGACGCUGUGCUGCCCGCGCUGGCCAAGCAGCAGAUGCACAUCGACUCCCACGAAGCCCUCGGCGUGCUCAACACCCUGUUUGAGGUGCUGGCCCCAUCCUCGCUGCGCCCCGUGGACAUGCUUCUGCGCAGCAUGUUCGCCACGCCGGACUCCAUGGCGUCCACGAGCACGGUGCAGCUGUGGGUCUCGGGCAUCCUGGCCAUUCUGCGUGUCCUCAUCUCCCAGUCCACGGAAGACAUUGUCCUUUCCCGGAUCCAGGAGCUCUCCCUGUCCCCCCACCUGGUCUCCUGCCCGAACAUAAGCAGGCUGCGGCUGAGGGAUGGGGACAGCCGAGUGCCACUCCCGGAGCCCAGCGAGGGGCAGCGCGCCAAGAGCCCGCCCGAGGAAACGCUCUCCCGGUUCCUGCUCCAGCUGGUGGGCGUCCUGCUGGACGACCUCGUGACCAGGCAGCCGCACGCGGACAUGACGCCGCAGCAGCACACCUUCCACUGCCAGGCGCUGGGCACCCUGCUCAUGAGCCUCAUCCACGUCUUCAAGUCGGGAAUGUUCCGGAGGGUCACGGCGGCCGCCACCAGGCUCUUCACGGCCGGGGACGGGGACGGCAGCUUCUACGGGCUGGAGGGCCUGAACGCCCGCGUGCGCUCCAUGGUGCCCACGCACCCGGCCCUCGUGCUGCUGUGGUGCCAGGUCCUGCUGCUAGUCAGCCACACGGACUACCGCUGGUGGGCCGCCGUGCAGCAGACGCCCAAGAGGCGCGGCUUGUCCCGCACGAAGUCUCGGAGCCCCCAGCGGCCGUUGGAGGAGGAGGAGGAGGAGGAGGAUGUGGACGAGGACGCGGCUGCCUCCCUGGGUGUGUGCAAUCGUGAGAUCGUGCGCAGGGGGGCGCUCAUCCUCUUCUGUGACUACGUGUGUCAGAACCUGCACGACUCGGAGCACCUGACGUGGCUGGUGGUGAACCACGUCCGGGACCUGAUCGGCCUGGCACAGGAGCCGCCCGUGCAGGACUUCCUCAGCGCCGUGCACCGCAGCUCGGCCGCCAGCGGCCUCUUCCUGCAGGCCGUGCAGGCCCGCCUCCCGCACCUCUGCACGCCCGCCAUGCUGAAGAGGACGCUGUGGUGCCUGGAGGGCAUCCACCUCGGCCAGUCGGGCGCCCUGCUGACGCUGUGCGUGGGCGAGCUCCUGUGCACGCCCUUCCGGGCCCUGGCCCGCACAGCCGACGCCCUGGCCUGCCGCCGCGUGGAGAUGCUGCUGGCCGCCGACUCGCAGGGCGGCUCGGCACAGUUGUCGGGGGAAGAGCUGAGCAGGAUCCAGGAGCACCUGCAGGACGGCGGGCUGGCACAGAGGCACCAGCGUCUCUACUCCUUGCUGGACAGGCUGCGACUGGCCACCGCCCCAGGGUCUCGGGGCCCCACCCCUCCCCUCACCUCCCACCCGCUGGACGGGGACGGGCCUCUGGCACUGGAGACCGUGAACCCAGACAAAGACUGGUACAUCCGGCUGGUCAGAUCCCAGUGCUGGGCCCGCUCGGACUUGGCGCUGCUGGAGGGGGCGGAGCUGGUGAAGCGGAUCCCCGCUGGAGACAUGGGCGCUUUCAUGAUGCACCCGGAGUUCAACCUCAGCCUGCUGGCGCCCUGCCUCAGCCUGGGCCUGCGCGAGAUCGCCGGGGGCCGCGAGAGCCCCCUGUUCGAGGCGGCGCGCCUGGCGACGCUGGAGCGCAUGGCGGGCAUGGUGCGCCGGCUCCCCGCCACCCACCAGGUGUUCCAGCCCUUCCUGCCGGCCGAGCCCACAGCCUACACGAGCGAGUUGAGCAGCCUGUUCGGGGAUGCUGCGUGGUACCGGGCGCUGACCACGCUGGCCCGCGCGCUGGCCCAGUACCUGCUGGCCUUCUCCGAGCUGCCCAGCCACCUGCAGCUCCCGACUGAGAAGGAGCCCGGCACCGUCAGCUUUGUGGUGGCGACCCUGGAGGCGCUGUGCUGGCGGCUGAUGCAGGAACCGCUGCCCCUGAGCCUGGACCUGCAGGCCGGCCUGGACUGCUGCUGCCUGGCCCUGCAGCUGCCCGGCCUCUGGGCCGCGCUGUCCGCCGCCGAGAUGGUCACCCAGGCCUGCUCCCUCAUCCACUGCGUCCGCUUCAUCCUGGAGGCCCUCCUGGUGCAGCCUGGGGACCAGCUGCUCAGCCCCGAGAGGAGGACGGCCACUCCGCGGGCAGCCAGAGACUGGGGACGUUCCAGUGCCCUGAGACCCAAGUACGUCACCGCGGCCUGCGGGAUGGUGGCAGAGAUGGUGGAGGCCCUGCCGUCUGUGCUGGCCCUGGGCCACAGGAGGAACAGCCGCACGCCGGCCUUCCUCACCCCCGUGCUCAGGAACGUCGUGGUCAGCCUGGCCCGCCUGCCGCUGGUCAACAGCUACACGCGCGUGCCCCCGCUCGUGUGGAAGCUCGGGUGGUCCCCCGAGCCUGGAGGGGAUUUCGGCACCGUGUUUCCCGAGAUCCCCGUGGAGUUCCUGCAGGAGAAGGAGGUCUUCAGGGAGUUCAUCUACCGCGUCAACACACUGGGCUGGACCAACCGCACCCAGUUUGAGGAGACCUGGGCCACCCUGCUCGGCGUCCUGGUGACUCAGCCCCUCGUGACGGAGCGGGAGGAGAGCCCCCCGGAGGAGGACACGGAGCGGACGCAGAUACACGUGCUGGCCGUGCAGGCCAUCACCUCCCUGGUGCUGAGCGCCAUGAGCGUGCCCGUGGCCGGCAACCCUGCUGUGAGCUGCCUGGAACAGCAGCCUCGCAACAAGCCCCUGAAGGCGCUGGACACCAGGUCUGGCCGCAAGCUGCGCCUCGUCAGAGGCAUCGUGGAGCAGGAGAUCCAAGCCCUGGUCUCCAAGCGGGACAACGUCGCCACCCACCACCUGUACCAGGCACGGGACCCCGUGCCCUCGCUGUCUCCGGCCACCACAGGUACCGGCCGCUGCUCGGACCCGGGCCCGCCCACAAACCGCGCCCGGGUCGAGGCUCCGUCUGGAGGUUGUGAUGCAGGUGGUGGAGGCGUCCUCAUCAGCCACGACCGGCUACUGCUGCAGACCAACGCCGAGCGGGAGCUGGGCAGCGCGGGCUACCAGCUGGGCCAGGUGUCCAUCCACUCCGUGUGGCUGGGGAACGGCAUCACGCCCCUGCGCGAGGAGGAGUGGGGCGAGGAGGAGGAGGAGGAGGCUGACGCGCCCGCCCCGUCGACACCGCCCACGUCCCCCGUCAACUCCAGGAAGCACCGUGCCGGUGUGGACAUCCACUCCUGCUCACAGUUCCUGCUGGAGCUGUACAGCCGCUGGGUCCUGCCCUCCAGCUCUGGCCGCAGGACGCCCGUCAUCCUGGUCAGCGAGGUGGUCCGCUCGCUGCUCGUGGUCUCGGACCUGUUCACCGAGCGCGGCCAGUUUGACACGAUGUACCGCACGCUGACGGAGCUGCGCAGGGUGCACCCCGCGGAAGACGAGAUCCUGGCGCAGUACCUGGUGCCCGCGCUCUGCAAGGCCGCCGCUGUCCUGGGCAUGGACAAGGCCGUGGCCGAGCCGGUGAGCCGUCUGCUGGAGAGCACCCUGAGGAGCGCCCACCUGCCCAGCAGGCUCGGGGCCCUGCACGGCGCCCUCUACGUGCUGGAGUGCGACCUGCUGGACGACACGGCCCGGCAGCUGGUCCCCGUGCUCAGCGACUACCUGCUGUCCAACCUCAAGGCCGUGGCCCACUGCGUGAACACCCACAGCCAGCAGCACGUGCUGGUCAUGUGCGCCACGGCCUUCUACCUGAUGGAGAACUACCCCCUGGACGUGGGCCCCGAGUUCUCGGCCUCCAUCAUCCAGAUGUGCGGCGCGCUGCUGGCGGGCAGCGAGGAGGCCACACCGUCGGUGCUGUUCCACUGCGCGCUGCGGGGCCUGGAGCGCCUGCUGCUGUCGGAGCAGCUGUCCCGGCUGGACUCCGAGGCGCUGGUCAAGCUGAGCGUGGACAGGGUGAACGUGCACAGCCCGCACCGGGCCAUGGCCGCCCUGGGGCUCAUGCUCACCUGCAUGUACACAGGGAAGGAGAAGGUCAGCCCGGGCCGCAGCGCGGAGCCCAGCCCCGCGGCGCCGGACAGCGAGUCUGUGAUCGUGGCCAUGGAGCGCGUGUCGGUGCUGUUUGACAGGAUCAGGAAGGGCUUCCCCUGCGAGGCCCGGGUGGUGGCGCGCAUCCUGCCGCAGUUCCUGGACGACUUCUUCCCGCCGCAGGACGUCAUGAACAAGGUCAUCGGGGAGUUCCUGUCGGGCCAGCAGCCGCACCCCCAGCUCAUGGCUUCCGUGGUGCACCAGGUCUUCCAGACCCUGCACAGCACAGGCCAGUCGUCCAUGGUCCGUGACUGGGUCAUGCUGUCCCUGUCCAACUUCACGCAGCGUACGCCAGUGGCCAUGGCCGUGUGGAGUCUCUCCUGCUUCUUUGUCAGUGCGUCCACCAGCCCCUGGGUCUCCGCCAUCCUGCCGCACGCCGUGAGCAGAGUGGGCAGGCUGGAGCCCGUGGACGUGAACCUCUUCUGCCUGGUGGCCGCAGACUUUUACAGACACCAGGUGGAGGGGGAGCUGGACCGCAGGGCCUUCCAGUCGGUGUUCGAGGUGGUGGCGGCACCGGGGAACCCCUACCAGAGGCUGCUGGCCGUGCUGCGUAGCGUGCACCAGGCUGCCGCGUGCUGAGCCCAGGGAGGCCCGGCCGGGGCAGCCAUGAGGAGACAGGCCGGCUCGGGGCUCGCUGCCCUUGGAUUCCGGCAACCGCCAUCCCGGAGCCCAUCAGCCGAGCCGAGGCGGGUGCGGGCGGGGUGCGGGUGGGCGCCCACCGUGCUAGGCGGGACGUGGGGGGUGGGGGGUGGCGGGGUGGCCCGGAGCCAGGCCCCAGCCCUCCUCACUCUGUCUUCUCAGGAUUUAAAAUUUAAUUCUGUCAUUAAAGAGAUUAAUUUUAAGGUA